AUGGAGUUCUUGCUUUUUUUAAGCCUCGCUACAGAUAAAGCCGGGAUUAGAACGUCGUUCGAAUGCGGCUACACGAUCAAGAGUUUCAGGAGUAGAAUAAAACUUAUCAAUUUUGAAAGAUGUAGGACGAAGGCUGACGCCCUGGCCAGGCGUAUGGGCGAGAGGCGUAUCGUGAAGGAGUACGCCGAAGUCAGCAGGCCUGAGAUAGGCACGGAUAUGAGGGUAUCGGGGCUAGAUGGGUCCCUCACCCUAGACGAAGUCAGGGAGGCGGUGGCCAUGAAGGGGGGCUGCUCCACCCGAGAGGUGACUGUAGGAGAGUUGCGCUCGGGACCAGGAGGCAUGGGGGGGACGAUCGUUCGAUGUCCCGCAUAG